UUUUCCAGUAUGGCGAGACCACAUACAGGACAAUUGGGUGCUCACAAUCAUAGCAGAAGGGUACCGAAUUCCAUUCGACAGCCUACCUCCUCGCACUUUCAAACGCUCAUCUACACCAAAAAACUCAUCCAAAAGACUCGCCCUGACGACAAUAGUAAACGAACUGAAACAAAACGAUGUCAUUGUACCAGUACCUGCCGAAGAACGUUACAGAGGUUUCUACUCGAAUCUCUUUUUGGUCUUAAAGAAGGAGGGUACCUUCAGACCAGUAUUAAACCUAAAAACCUUAAACAAGCAGGUGUCCAAACAGAGAUUCCGCAUGGAGUCCAUCCGGUCGGUGGUAAUGUCAAUGACCCACAAUUGUUUCAUGACCAAGGUAGACCUUCAGGAUGCCUACUUGCAUGUACCCAUCAGGAGGGCAUCCCAACAAUAUCUACGGUUUACGGUGCUCGGAGAACAUUACCAAUUCAAGGCACUUCCUUUCGGCCUUUCCACGGCACCCCGAGUGUUCACGAAAAUACUCAGCCCAUUGAUUGCACACCUCAGGAGUCUAGGAAUCUCAGUCACACCUUAUCUGGACGACCUCCUAAUCAGAGCUCCGUCCUACGACCAGAGUCACAAAGACACCCAAAUUUGUGUCACAAUACUCCAACAACACGGUUGGAUAAUAAAUUACAGAAAGAGUCACCUCACGCCCACACAACAAAUUCAAUUCCUAGGAAUGUUGUUCGACUCAUCCCGUCAGACUACGUCUCUGCCCUUGGAGAAGAUUCAAACAAUCGUACACACUGCUCAACAAGUCUGCACUCAGACCACCAUUUCAGCGGAACGCUGCCUCCAGUUAUUAGGCUACAUGGUAGCAGCGUUGGAAGCACUGCCUUUCGGCAGAUUCCACAUGAGAGACUUUCAGAAUCACUUUCUACACCUUUGGAACAAGAACCACUCCAACUUGUCGCAACAAAUUCCACUUACCAUGCAAGUCAAACGUUCACUGACUUGGUGGACAACACCACAAAAUCUUUCUCAAGGCAAGACAUGGGCCUUACCCCAGUGGACCGUACUGACCACGGACGCCAGCCUCACCGGCUGGGGGGCAACUUGGCCACCUCGGACUUGCCAAGGGACAUGGUCACAGGCAGAAUCAAAACUCCCUAUAAAUGUGUUAGAAAUCAGAGCAAUACGAAAUGCCAUAGCUCAUUGGUCUCGAGACUUACAAAACAUACCACUACGCAUUCAGUCCGACAAUGCCACCGCGGUUGCCUACCUCAACAAGCAGGGAGGAACCCGCAGCAACAGAGCGAUGAGGGAGGUAGCACAAAUACUCACCUGGGCAGAACUUCAUGUCCCAGCCAUCUCCGCAGUCUUCAUUCCGGGCGUACUAAACUGGGAGGCGGAUACCUCAGCCGCCAGCGGAUAGACCAAGGAGAGUGGUCUCUCCGCUUGGACGUCUUCACGCAGUUAGUGACCAGAUGGGGAAGACCAGACAUAGACAUGUUUGCGUCAAGACACAAUUUCAAAGUUCCUACCUACUGCGCCAGGUCACAGGACCCGAAGGCGGCUUACGUAGACGCAUUAGUGAUACCGUGGAUUUUCAAGAGAGUCUAUGCCUUCCCUCCACUAGCACUUCUUCCAAGAGUGAUACGCAAGAUACGGCAGGAACGGACAGAAACCAUUCUCAUUGCCCCGGAUUGGCCGCGGAGACCUUGGUACUCCGAACUCAUCAACAUGUCAGCAGCUCCACCAUGGUGGCUGCCUCUCACACCAGAAUUGCUCACUCAAGGACCAAUAAAGCACGACAACCUGCAGCGGUUGCAUUUGAUGGCUUGGCUGUUGAAACCGAGUUGUGGCGUUCCAAAGGGUUUUCCAAAGAAGCCACUGACAUUCUGUUGAAAGCCAGAAAACGGUCCACAUCUAGAGUCUAUCAUAGAACUUGGAAAGCUUUCAUAGACUGGUAUGAGCCCAGGCAGUUUCAGUGGCAGUAAGCGUCAGUUCCAACAAUUGUUGAAUUCCUUACUCAGGGGUUCCAUUUAGGUCUCUCCUUAGCAACCCUCAAAGGCCAGAUCUCAGCCCUUUCUAUUCUACUACGACGUCAGUGGGCAGGGGAACCGGAUAUCUUGCAGUUCAUGCAGGGAGUGGGUAAAGUUAGGCCUCCAUACAGGGACCCAACACCACCCUGGGAUCUUACACUUGUCCUCAAUGUAUUACAGGGUCCCCCGUUUGAGCCUUUGGCUUCCUGCUCGCUUAAAUUUCUUACCUGGAAGAUGACAUUUCUCUUAGCCAUUACCUCAGCAAAACGAGUCUUUGACAUGGCAGCCCUAUCUUGUAAGGAACCCUGGCUUAUUUUGCAUCAGGACAGGGCAGUUUUCAGGACUAUUCCAGUUUUCCAGCCCAAGGUGGUUUCUGCUUUCCACAUAAAUGAGGAAAUUAAUCUUCCUUCCUUCUGCCCUAGGCCAGCUAAUCCCAAGGAAAAGGCGCUUCAUAAACUAGACGUAGUGAGAGCGGUUCGCUAUUACCUAGACAGGUCCAAGGAUUAUAGGAAAUCAGAUUCCUUUUUGGUUACGCAUGGUCAGAACAAAGGGUCACCUGCUUCUAAACGUACAGUUGCUAGAUGGCUGGUUGAGACGAUCAAUUGUGCUUAUGACCUUAGUCACAAACCUAGGCCCUUCAAGGUCCGAGCUCAUUCUACCAGAGCACUAAGUGCAUCCUGGGCCUUGUAUAAUCUGGCCACUCCAGAACAAAUCUGUAAGGCAGCCACUUGGGCUUCUUUGUCUACAUUCGCAAAAUUUUAUAGACUUCAUGUGUUUCAUUCAACUCCUGCUGCUUUUGGUAGAAAAGUACUUCAAGCAGUUGUGAGGAAACAGUAAAUUGAACCCGGCCCUAAAAAAGAUGGGACAGCUUUCGGACGUCCCCAUGGUUGCUGCACUGACAGGAAGGGCCGUUCUAGAGAAAGAUGGAUUUUCGACUUACCGGAAAAUCUUUUUCUAGACGGCCUGGACUGUCAGUGCAGUAAGCCCCACCCUUUCGUUAUAGUUCAAUAUUGUUGCCAGUUGGCGAGUUAAUACUGUUGUUAAUAUGAAUCUCUUCUCGCUCUUCUCUGCUAUCCUUUCUUUUCUCCUAACUGAGCUGUCAGACCAAACUGAGGGGAUUCGGGAGGAGCACGAGCUUAUAUGAAGGGGGCGGAGUCGAGAUUCUAAUUUUUUCUUCUGUCCUGCCUCCGGAGGUGGAUACUUAACCCCAUGGUUGCUGCACUGACAGUCCAGGCCGUCUAGAAAAAGAUUUUCCGGUAAGUCGAAAAUCCAUCUUUUCUUGCUAACUGUUUAAACUUUUUUUCCUAGAUACAACAAUUUAUUUUUUAUGGAGGAAGAGUUAUCUUCUAUGAAAGGAAUGCUGUCUUCCAUCUCUAAAAUAGUCAUUUUGGAGUACACAAGCCUGGCCCACAAAAGUUUUGGAAGAUCGAAGAGGCUAGAACAUUACCGGGUGGAUGGAGCCAGGGCAUACCUAAUAAUGCACAGCUAAGACUUCAUGACAGAACAGUUAGAUGAAUACAGCAUCUUGAAUGACUGACUCCAUGGCUACAAGCCGGCUUGAUUAUAAAAACUACAGUAGUCUUUCUGAAGCAAACACACAGCUUUUACCAGCGCAUACGAAUGGUGAAUUAUAUGUUAAUUACUUCAAAACGCUUUAAUUGUUGGCAUUACUGUUCCUUUAAAUGUAUUUUCCAUGUUCAUUGAAAGUUAAGUACACAGCAUACAAUGUAUUUCAUCACUGCCAAAGCUCAUAAAUAUAAACCACAUCCUAAACCUAAAUCAAAGUUAAAUUACA